GCUGGUGGGCCAGGCCGUGGCGCCCACCUGCUGAUGCGGGGCAAGGCCCCCGGCACAGGACACUGAGCGCCCCGAACACGCCCCUGGCCGCCGCCAUGGCCCGCCUGGCCGCAGUGCUCUGGAGUCUCUGCAUCACCGCCGUCCUGGUCACUUCGGCCACCCAAGGCCUGAGCCGGGCCGGGCUCCCGUUCGGGCUGAUGCGCCGGGAGCUGGCGUGCGAAGGCUACCCCAUCGAGCUGCGGUGCCCAGGCAGCGAUGUCAUCAUGGUGGAGAACGCCAACUAUGGACGCACAGACGACAAGAUCUGUGAUGCCGACCCUUUCCAGAUGGAGAACGUGCAGUGCUACCUGCCCGACGCCUUCAAGAUCAUGUCACAGAGGUGUAACAACCGCACCCAGUGCGUGGUGGUUGCUGGCUCGGACGCCUUUCCCGACCCCUGUCCUGGGACCUACAAGUACCUGGAGGUGCAGUACGACUGUGUCCCCUACAGUGAUGACCUACGUGCUGGGGGAAGCAGGAUCACUUGUGUGCUUCCAUAACCUUCUUUUACUCCUCACCCGUUCCUUUCAGCAGCUGAGGCCUCCAGCCGCCACCUGAGGGGGAUGCCCAUCUGAGCCUUGAAGCCUCCCCACAGCACUGGGGACACUCUCCACCCACCCCCGUGGCCGGGGCGGCAGGGAAGGGAGGCGGGAGGCCGGGAGCAUUGCACGGCAGGGAAGUCAGGCUGGGUUUGAGGCUCGGCCUGGCUCUCGGAUUUUCUGACUCUGAAACUUGAGCAAAUGACUUAAACUUCUCCGAGCUGCUGCAAAAGGAGGCGAGAGGCCAGGACAGCAUGCGUGUGACGCGCCUGGCCCAGGGCUGGCCCCCGAGCCCACUGCCUGCGGCAGAGUGCUGGAUGUAAACGCCCCCCAGGGCAGAGGCUUCGUCCUCACCCCCCAGCGCCCAGACCCGAGCCUGGUUCAGGACGUGCUCAGUAACGGUAUGGGUGCCCCUCGAAGCCACCUUAGCCCGUGUCUUCAUCUGUGACGGUGGGAGGGGGGAUCCCUUCCGGGGGAUGCUGCCAGGAGCAGAGAGAACGUGGGUAAAGCUCCUCGUGCGCCCCACGCCGUAGGUACAUACGAGAGAAACGGUGCCCACUUUUGCCAACUGUGUGGACUCAGUUGUGUUGCUUCACUUCCCUGAGCCUCAGUUUCCCCGUCUAUAGACAGGGUUCUGGAAAGCCUGCCUGGGAAGUACCUACCAUGGUUCCUAGCACUUAGUCACUUAGGAAGCAGAAGGCACCUGGUGGUCAUUGCUUUUGUUGUGACUACUUGUAGUGAUUUUUACCAGUUAUUGCUGUUGGAAAUAAAAAAUAAAACUAAUGACAGAUGAGGAUCACACUCCUCCUGAGACAGGUGAGAUAAAGGGCAGGAAGAGCGUCCCUUGGUCCAAGUGGAGUCCAAAGCAAGUGGACACCAUGCGGGUAAAGAAGCAAGACAAAAGUUAGAGGGCGCAGGGAGGCAAGAGGCAUAGGGACCUCCUGAAGCUGACCCCCCACCCCCAGUGUGGGCCAGGGGCGUGACCCACGGAGACCAGGAUGGCCCAGGGGAUGGGCAGCCCCUGUCUGACCGAGAGCGAGCCUGAGCCCCGGGGGAGGCAGGACACACAGUGACUGUAUCUGGGACACGGGGGGCCACGCGUGCCCUCGACAGGCAGAACCCAGGGCUGAGGGGCUGUAGCUCCUGGUUCCAGAGGAAGGGGAACUGGAGUUCAAGGGUGACGGAAGCUAGGGCCAGAGAACAGGGAGGCGGGGCGCUCACUUGUCCCCACUGUUCGUGUUCGCUGAGCACUUCCUGUGUGCCAGGCCCUGGAUGAGGCGCUGGGAAGCAGCCAAACUCUCCCCCGUGGAACUCCCUGCUUGCGCCUCUAGAGAGGUGGCAGGAGAGCGAGGUCCUGGUCAGAGGUGUCCGAGGGGCCGGCGACACAGAGCCCGAAGGGGGAGCAGCCUGGGCAGCCAUCUUGCCCUGAGCUUCAGAGGCUGGGGUGCCCCCAGUGCUGGUGCGGGCGAGUCGGGUGGGUGCAGGGGCCCACCGCGGGGAGGGGCAGUGGGUGUGUGGGCCUCCCCCCACACACACACAAACACACCCAGACAGGCCCGACUAACGCUGGAUUUGCCUUGCAGCUGAGCACAUUCUAACCGUGCCCCCUUCCUCCCCUAGGUGCGCCUGCCCACCUGGCAGCAGGCAGGGAGCGCCUGGCUCCUGGGCCCCCAGGGGGGCGGGCGGGGGAGCAAACUGAGCCACAGGCUGGCCCCGGGGGAGCGGGGGAGCGUGUCUGUGCCCCCACCUGUCUGUGAUGUCCCCCCCACCCAGCCUCUUCCUUCUCUGCCUUUGUCUCCCCCACCCGGCUCUCUGAGGCCCAGGGGCGCUGCCUGUCAUCCUGUGUCCCACUCUGCCGCCCUCUCUGUGUUGGCUUUUUCUGGGUUGUGAGGGCUUGGGGGAACUCAGCUGGACCCUAGCAAGGCCAGCACAGAAAGGGAAGGAGUUCAGCAUGUUCCUUCAGCUGGGGGCGCCCAGGCCCCUGGAGGCACUGAACCCCCUCCCCCCACCAGGCCCCUGGUUCUAGCAGGAGGGCAGCAGGUGGGUUGUGCAGAGGUGGGGGGGACUGUGUGGCUCUUCCACCCCUACCACUCCCUCCCUGGUGCUCCCCUAACCAGAGCCCACCUUCCAGCUGAAGCUCCCCCCUCCCCAGCCCCCACUGCCCUGAAGGUGCCCCCACCCAUCUGAGGGUUAUGUCCACCUGCCUGUUUGUACACACACCCCCCAUGUCUCUCUUGGUCUCUGUCCUCGCGUGUCUCCCCCUCCCUGUGACUGUCUCCCCGACACCCUCCCCAGAGGCAGGGACUUGGGGGCGGGGGCUGAGCUGAUGCUACGUUCGUUCGGGGUUGGGAAACCAGGAUGAGGAAAGAAAGGAAAAGGGGGCAUGUUGCCAGAUAAGAAACGAAAGCAAUUUAAUCUUUUUUUUUCUCUUUUUUUUUCUUGCACAUUUUUUUUUCAAUUUGUUUUCUCUCUCUCUUCCGAUGCUUAAAGUAGAAGUGGAGCAGAAAGGUAAACGCACUGUUACCAAUGCUAACCCCUAACUCACACUUUGUUCUCACCUGUACCAUACUUAUGUGACCCGCCCUCCCCGCUCGGCCCCUUCUUCUGCCCACCCCAACUGGGUCCAGUUGGUACCCCCCACCCCGGGUGUCCUCCCGGUGGGGCCAGCCCUGGUGCCGCCAUGGGCGACUCCACCCGCCAGACACCUGAGGAAGCUCCUCUCUGAGCUCGGGCAGGACCUUCUGUCUCUCACUCUCUCUCUCUGCCUCGUUUUCUCUCUUUCUGUCUCCCUGUCCCUCCUUCCUAGUCCCAGCCCUUGCGGGGGGACCUGGCCUUCUCUCAUACUUAUUUUGCCUCCUUCAGGAGAAGUGUGUAAGCCUCCAGGGCGGGAGGGGAGGGCGGGACCCCCU